AUGAUGUCCCAGUCUCUCAGAGCUUCCCGCUCUCUCUUCACCCGCGUCUCUCGGCAACAGGUUUCUGUUGCCCGCCGCACUUUCCUGACCUCCGCCAUCCGUCAGGCCGACCCUGUUCAGGACCUGUACCUCCGUGAACUCCGCGCCUACAAGCCCACCCCCGUCAAGCCCGGUGACGCCGAUGCUCACGUCCAGAAGUUCACUCCUCCUGCCGCCCCCCAGUCCCCCGAGGAGGCCAACCUUGCCAGUGAGCUGAAGUCCUACGAGAGCCAGGAGGUUGAGGUUGAGGGCCAGGCCGCCGCUGGUGAGGCUGCCCCCGCUGAGGAGAGCUGGUUUGAGGAGGAUGAGGAGGAGACUCCCGCUGCCCACUAGGUUGCUUGUCUCGACGGCAAGAUAGAAGGAUAUCUCGGGGCUAAUGGGCAAACGUGAUGAGACCUGAUAUGAUGAGCUGUCUCCCGGUUGUUGAGUCUCCGAAAGUCACUUUGUAAAUUAAAACCUAUUUGGAGCAUAUGAAGUUCUUUUUCUUUCUGUG